UUUUUGUUCUGAUUUAAAAAUAAUUUGCCUAUUUCGUAUUGGUUAGACAAUGCUCGGUCGAAAUAGACUAAUCAAAUUAAUCACGUGAUAGUAAUAUGAAUUUUGUUGGUUUUUUUUGAUUUUUGAUAAUGAUAAAAUGUAAUCUUUGAAUGUACCAAUUAAGAUGAGAUUAUUUUAUUUCCACUUGUUGUAGAUUAUCAUUUAUAUUUUUGGGUUUAAAUUGCAAACAACACACUAAAAGAAUGGCAUUGAAAAUUGAUCGUAAAAUUAUAAUCCUAUUGAUUUUAUUGUUUCCAUUGAUUUAUCGUUAUUGGCCACCAUAUCAACGUGGAUUUAAUUGUUCAGAUGAAUCAUUAAAAUAUCGAUUUCGAACAUUGUGGUUUAAAACACGAUAUCUAUUCGUAUCUACAUUGAUUAUUCCAUUGGUGAUAAUUUACCUGAUUCAACGAUAUACAUCAUCAUCAUCAUCAUCAUGUUCAUCGAGUUCAAAUUUGAAAAAAUUUCUAUUUGGUUUCAUGAUCAAUAUGAAUAUGACCGAAAUAUUUAAACGUAUAUUUGGCCGUUUACGUCCACAUGUAUAUGAUUUUUGUCAUUUAGAUCGUUAUUGUCCAAAUGGUACCCAUAUUGAUCAUUAUAUUGAUAAAUUUGAAUGUUUAAAUAAUGAUUAUCCAUGGUAUAUAACAAAUUCACGUCUUUCAUUCUAUUCUGGCCAUUCAGCAAUGGGAGCAUUUGCUGGUACAUAUUUAGCAUGUUUUAUUCAUCGGAAUUUAUUUAGUCAAAAACAACCACAACAACAACAACAAACAAUCAUUGACUGAUUAUCGUUAUUAUUGCUAGAAAUGGCAAUAUUCAUUGUAUAUUUAAUUCCUGGAUAUAGCCAAUAUCUAAUCAAAUGGCAUUUCCUGAGCGAUAUAUUGACAGGAUUUACAUUCGGCACUUUGAAUGCAUUGAUUGUACAUGCAUUGAUUCAAUGAUGAAAAAUUCAUUGGCAAAAAAACGAAACAAAACAAAACAAAACAUGACAAAAUGUGA